AUGUUACAUGGCAUUCCACCUAUUUCACAUCUAAGGAUUUUCAUUGUCGAAUCUAAUGUAGGGGAGAAAAACAAUAUAGAUGUCAUUGUCCACACAUCUGAUGUGGAGACAAACAUCAUAAAUAAUGAAACACCUUCAAUAACAUUCCCUGUGUCAAAUUCUAUUACUUUACCAGAAGAUCCUACUUUUGAAUUCCAUAGGGAGGAGAAUAGGACUUCAAACAUCACUGAGAACACAUCUAAUGUGGACACAAAUAUUCCAAUUUCAAUUCCUCCUAAAAUUGUUCAAACUAUGAUAUCGGCAACAAGAACUCAUAAUGUCGAAGUUGAUGUAUCAAAGUUUCAAUCGAAGAAAGGAUUAAACAUAAAGGAAGGAGGAUCUGGAUCUUUAACAUUCAAACCUAUUGCAACUGCUGAAGCAAAGAAUAAAGUAAAAUGCAUUAAACCUUCUGAGGAAGAAAAGAAAAUAUUGGAAGAGUUAAAGAAGGAGAAGUGGAAACAACGAAAUAGCUAG